ACUAUCCUACUCGGCGGAAUGUUUGGUUUUAACUAUCAGUGACACAUUAAGUUCUCGGUUUUGGUGUUGCUGGAUUCUCUACAGUUAUACGCUUUCUGAAACUCUUGGUUUUGAUCCAAAAAAUAAUUAAUCGUCUCAGAAUUAAAUGUGAUAUAACAAUAAAUUGAUUAGAAUGAUGUCAUUUCAUUCACUAUAAUGCAUCGAUCAUAUCGUGGCUGGGAAGAUCAUUUUAUUAAUGAGUAGCAUUAUCUUUGUUUUUAUGGGGCUUCAUAUUCAAUUUCAUUUAUCCUUAUUUCAAACAAAUUCUUAUUUUAGGAAGUUCAAAAUUAGUAUGCCAGUUUUGUGUUGCAGAUGUCAGUCAAAGGGAUAUAUCAAACGCCCAAAAACUAGUGAUAUUAUGUGCAAAGAAUGUUUUUCUUGGUGUUUUGAAGAAGAAAUACAUUGGACAAUUUCGCAUGCAAAGCUUAUUAGUCGUGGUGAUAAAAUUGCUAUUGGUGCCUCCGGUGGUAAAGAUUCUACCGUAUUAGCUUAUAUACUAAACUUGUUAAAUAAAAGAUAUGAUUAUGGAGCGGAAUUGCUUCUUUUAUCUAUUGACGAAGGUAUAAGUGGAUAUAGAGAUGAUUCAUUAAUGACUGUUCAGCGAAAUCAGAUUCAAUAUUCGCUUCCGUUAAAAAUUCUUUCUUACCAGGAUUUGUACGGAUGGUCAAUGGAUGAUAUUGUGAAGCAUAUUGGAAAUAAACGAAAUUGUACUUACUGUGGGAUAUUUCGCCGUCAGGCUUUGGACAAAGGUGCACUACUUCUUGGAGCUAACAAAAUAUGUACUGGUCAUAACGCUGAUGAUAUUGCAGAGACAGUGUUAAUGAACAUUCUACGAGGUGAUAUUGGUCGAUUAAAACGAUGUACAGCUAUAAUGACAGGUACAGAUGAUAUACUUCCUCGUUUCAAACCUUUUAAAUAUGCUUACGAAAAGGAGAUUGUCAUGUAUGCACAUAUGCAUAAAUUGGAUUAUUUUUCAACUGAAUGUAAAUAUGCGCCACAAGCUUAUCGAGGGCAUGUAAGAGCGUUUAUCAAGGACUUGGAGAGAAUACGACCUAGGACUAUCAUAGAUAUUAUAGCAUCCGGUGAACGUAUGGCUAUUCGAAGUGAUGUAAAGAUGCCUCAGAAAAGUAUUUGUGAAAAGUGUAAAUGCAUUUCAAGUCAGCCCAUAUGUCAGGCAUGUAUUCUCCUUGAACAGCUUAAUUCUGGUUUGCCACAGAUAACCAUAAAAGAUACCGAAUAGUAUUCUCAAAUUGACUAGUCGGAUGAUAUCAAUUUUUCUAAAGAUUUUGUAUUAUGCAUCAGAUAUUGUAAAUAUAUCCUUAUUUGGAUAGUGGUUCUUACAAGUGGAAAUUUUUAUUUUAAGAACGCCAAAUUAGUGUUGCAUUUUUUGAAGUUCUCAUGUAUAUAGUAAUGGAAUGAAAUACUGUUAUGUAAGUAUUCUACAAAUUGAUUUUUCCCUCAUUUUUGUUACCACCACAUAAACAGAAAAAUAGACAACGUAGGAACUGAUCCAUAGGUGUAUUGAUUCCUAUCAGUACAUCUCAAACAUGCACAACGAUUAAAAACUAACGAGAGCAUAAAAAUACUGAGUAAAAACACCACUUAGAGUAAAAACUUGAAAUUAGAAAAAAGUCGAAAGAAUGAAUAAAAUGUGUGGAAUGCUACACUUUUCAACUUUGAGGGAAAUACAAACAAUGAAUGCAUUCACAUUACUAUGUUCGAUUUUCAACUAUAUCUCUAAUGAUGAAAAGUAUUAGUUUUAAAAUGUAGUAAUUACCGGUUGAUUAAAAGUAAGUCAUAUUUAUUACAAAAUAGAUUUUAGUAAAAGUGCUAAUUAGAGCAAUGAUGAAAUUAAUUUUAUCACCUUUAAAGUUAGUAAACGAUAAUAAGAGUACAAGUGAGUACCUUGAUAUUUCCUCCACACAUAGUUCUAGCUUCAACUCUGAACGAUUCGACAGUUUCAGAUUCGAUUUUUACAUCGUAUUAAAAGGUUUUGUUAUAACAAAUCAUCUUGAUAUAGUUCUUAUCAUCAGUUGACUUAUAUUUGAGAAUAAUUCGAAAAAAGGAAAGGAAAAUCCAGCUGUUCAAUAUUCUGUAGUUUUCAGUAGUGUUACGGUUGAGAACCGUCCGUGACAAACUAUCUAUGAAUUAAACGUAUUCCUAUAGCUCAACAACUUGUUACUGUCGAUACUAUAGAUAUGGUUUGUCUAAGUCUUUGGGACUUUCAAUUCUCAAAUAUGAGUUAUUAAAAAAUUACAAAGUAAUCUUUUGGUAUUUUGAAGAAUUAAUGAAUGUACGCGUAGGUGGGGUUUUUAUAGUUAUAUGAAUUUCAAUUGGAGAGGGAAAGAUCGAUCAACAUCUAGGUAGAUAAUUCCACAAGUGUGAAAUCGAAACUAAGACAAAGUGUGCGUAUGUUAGCAAGCUAUCUAAACUAUAAAUGUAACAUAAAAGGAAUGUAUACAAACAUAAAAAAAUAAAAUGAACAGGUUUUCUUUAUUCAGACAGAUAAGAGGGAUUGAAUUUUUAAAGUAAUUAUGUCAUAUUAGAAAUAGUAAAAAGGGAGAUUUUGUACUUGAAUUAACGUGUUUAGAGCACCCAGUUUUCACUCUGUAACAUUUAUGAAGUUGCUUCGGCAUUUUAAAACACAUGGAUACCAUAUAAUAACGAACUAAGCGUCUCGUGGUCGUGUUCAUGAUAUGGUUUUCAACAUUACAUUGUUCUUAAUAUAGGGGUCAAGUUUGUCUACCUUGAUGUUUCAUUAGACCCGAAUUAACUGAUAUACAUAUUCGUUGAGGUUUUACUGUGCCAAAUAGUUCAGUUGAAGAACAGUAAGUCUCGGAUCUAACGUCGAAGUAGAACGCGUACUGAAGUGCAAAGACGGUUGGAUAUUCAAUAUCUUCAACUGUAUUCUUUUAGACACAAAAUUCCAAAAGUAAAAAUAAGUUGGAAAAUUUCUGAUUUAGAAUUAGCAUAUUUCCAACCGGAUCUUGGUUUCAUUAAAAAAGCUCAAAUUAGUGAACAUGUGAAAUAAAAAGUUGCCACAGAAAGUCUGUAUGUAGCUUGUUUCAAUCACAAGUACUUUGUGUUUUGAGAUUAGGAUUCUGGGUUAUUGGGGCAUUCAUCAUAAAUCCAGUUACAUGUUUGUAUCCUCAUAAUGAAAUAUCCUUCUAAAACUUGGGUUCAACUGAUUUUGUCAUUCGUUUUGUCUUAAAGUAUUUCUCAUUUAUUUUCCAACGUGUCAUUUGAUCACAUUUUUCUGACCCUAAAAAUCAUACAUGGGAGGUUUAUUCCUUUUGGAAAAUGGAAUAACACGAUUAAAACAGAAGUGUUUUCUCCUUAAUGUAGCUUUUCAGUAUGACUACCAUCUUAACAUCCUACCUUCUCUACUUAACAAUGCGUCCAGAAGAUAGUCGUUUUAGCUUCUCGAGAUCAUGUGUAAACUUGAGUUCACACUGAAUUGAUACAAAAAAUAUGGGUCUCAGAAUGUCACACUAAACGAAGCUUGCACUUGUCACCCUGGCCGAAUUCAUGAUGAAUUGAUGCCAAAAAUAUUGACCUAAAUAAUAUAAUUUUUUAUCCCAUCAUAUCACUGGCUAUUAAUAAAAAAGGGAAAACGAGUUCGUGUUUUGGUAAAAAAUAAACGAGAGAAUUUAUACCAGAUGUAAGUGUCAGUUGUUCAAAAGUAGAUGUGGUCAACACAACAAACAAUGACCGUUAUUUAUCUAAACAGAACUUGAGUUACUAGUGACUUUAAAACCAGUCUGAGAAUCAUUAGAAACUAUGGAACGCUGGACACCUGUUAAUACUAGCUUAUCACUUCUAUUUGUGCUCACUAAAUAACUAGCUUUAAGCCAACCAGCAAAGAUGACACAUUUAUCUCCCUAAAUCCAAAUCUAAUAAUAUACAUGUUCAACUAAAGUCAAUCAUAUAUAUAAUCAUCUCUUGAUUCAAAAGGAGUUUUGUUCUCUGAGCUAGAUGAUUUGGUCGUUGAGCUUUAGAUAGAAGUUUGUGCCGAUGAUGUUGUUUAGAAGAACAGUGAAAGCUCUACGACCAAACCAUACAGCUAAGAGAACAAAACUCCACCUCAGUCAUCUACCUGAGCUACAAAACAUUUCCACAAUCUCAGCUGGAAGUAACUUAAUAAUUACAGGUAUUCAAUGAACGUAAGUAUGUUAAACGAUUUGAAGAUUACAUUAACCUUUGCUAAAAAUGUAAAUCAGGUGACCCUGCUGAGAAAGGUUCUUUUCCACUCAUAUUUGUUAAGAUACAUAUUUUGGCCAAUUUUUACGAUUGUCCACACUACAAUAAAAUUGUUCAGCAUGUAGUGACCAGGAAUACGUUUUCCAGUUUACAUAAACAGGACUCGAUAAGUUUGUAGUGUAAGGGAAAAUAUCGAUCAAACCAAAAUUAAAUUUUCUAAAAUCCCGUUUUCUGGUUUUCUUACAUGGAACACUGUUGGACAAUUCAGCUGGCAUGUUUAAUUCUUCUUACUACUCAAAUGGAAAUAUAAAAUUCUUAUAAGUCUAACGAUUAUUAUGGUAAACAGUACGAAAGUUGAUCACGAGUAGGAAUAGUAGUCACAAUAAUAUCACAGUAAAAUCUACAGUUGAAUACUCUCCUUACGAACGUUUAAGGUCAACAUAAGGUCAUUUAAAGCGACUAUGAUACAAGUAUACAAUGACUGGUGGAGCCAUUUCGUGUUGGGUAAGCCAGUUACCCACCCAAGACAACGGAAGAUGGUUGCAAAAUGUCGUGGGUUGAUUGAAAUUAGACAUUAACACCGUU